AUGGGGUCCGACGCUAUCUCCGCCCUCUACGACUCGUUGACGUCUCAAUCCAAACCCUCGAGUGUCGCGGCUGUCCUGCGAUUCUUUCACUCGGUGCGCGCGGCCCUCCAAGACGCUUCUUUCGCCUCCGUCGCUAGCUCUUUCUGCGGCCUCUACCGCAAUGACAAUGUAAAUUGGGGUCAGGUUGUGUUCUUAACUACCUGCGUGAUCGCCAUGACUGGAUGUGGAUUGUUGUCAUCGGUGGUGAAGCGCAGACGGUCAGGGUCAAAAGCCUCUCGUGCGCGACGUCCCGUCGCUCGCAAGAGGUCGACCAAAUCAUCAAGGACUCUGAGUUCCUCGGAGGAGGAUUAUGAAGAUGAAGACUAUGAUAGCAACGCAUCGUUGCGACAUGGAACUAAUCCCAACUACAAGAAGGAAGAGUGGCCGUCGGACACUCAGCAGCAAAGCUCUGAUGCAUACGAAACAGACCCGGGCAUUCUCAGGAAAUUCACCACAUACAACUCCUACACUACCUCAUUCGCUACCUAUGCCGCCGUUCGCACCUUUUACAGCCCACAUCCACACCUAGCUCGACUCCCGACCGAACCGACUCCUGUUCCACUGGUCGUGGUUGUUCAUGGGCUAGGCGGGUCACUCGCACAAUUCCACCACCUCCUGACCAGUCUGUCUAAUGUCGCUUCAUGCUUUGGUAUUGAUUUGCCCGGGUGCGGACUGUCCAAGUUUGCGCCUACGGAUUGGAAUGCAUACACUGUGGAGGCUCUGUCCGAACUAUUGGCUGAAGCCAUUGAUCAGCACCGGGACCGGGAGUCUGGUCAGGAAGUCAUUCUAGUGGGACACAGUCUCGGAUGUUCCUUGUCCGCGCUCUUGGCUUCAUCGACGUCAUCUAUUGGUGCAAAGGUGAAAGAGCACAUCCUCGGCCUUGUUGCUGUGUGCCCUCGAGCCGAACCCCCAUCUGCGGAAGACACUACCAAAUUUCGCCGAGCGCUCUAUGUUCCUGAUCUAAUUUUCGAUCUUUGGCGUCGCUGGGACAGACGUGGAGGCGAACAAAGUGCUAGUGUUAUGCGGAUGGUCGGCGUCGCUGCCGACAUGGAAACGCGAAAUCUCCAGGUGCGCUUCAACAAGCAAAGUCGGACACCUGUUUGGCGGCGCAUGGCGUGGGGCACACUUCCCACGUACGAUAAUGACGGCCACCCGAUUGGUGGACUCCCUGGGCAACAGGUCUGGGCGGGAAUUCGCAUGCCAGUUCUGUUGGUCGCGGGAGAGACGGAUGCUGUGACCAAACCGGUGGAGGUGCAGAAGCUUUUGAAAUUCUUUGGUGAUGCUUCAGCCCAUACCUCGAUUGACACCAGCGAUAGCAGCAUCAUCCCGGAUGCUUCGCGAGUCCACGACCAGAUGUCACCCCCAGUCGAUCUCGUCAACGAGAAGGCGUUUGGUGUGGAGGUCUCCGAGAAGCAUUUGGAGGUUGGCCAGCGGAAGCGAGUGGUCAAAUCGGCAAUUUUGCCGGCGCCUGCAUCUCAUGCACUGCUCUACGACCGGGCGACCUAUCGCACUCUUGCAGGGAUUAUCCAGGAUUUCCUCUCGUCAAAUGUCGAUAAGCGUCUCGGUCUGGGCUGGCAAUUGCAGCACAUGAACACAUCUGGAAAGUGGGAUGUCAAGAACCUCGCCAAAUGGAAGAAGGUUGCCCCAGUCUCGGAACGAAUUGCCAACACCUUUGUCGCGCUCAAGAUGUUGCGCGAGGUUGACGAGGAACACAACCCUGCGACUUUCUCGGAAAAGUAUCGUGGUCGCAUCCAUGCUGUCAUAGACAUCAGUCAUGAAAGCCCGGUCUAUAAUCCGGCUGAACUGGAGAAGGGCGGGGUUCGCUACUACAAGCACCCUACUAUAUCCAAGAUCCCUCCGACUCCAGAUGAGACGCGCGACUUUAUCGCUCUGGUCAAUAGCAUUCAAAAGGAUAUUGAUGAGAAGAUGGAGCAGCGUACCGAGGAAGGGAAGCUUCUGCCACGCCCAGUGGUCGGAGUUCACUGCCACUAUGGCUACAACCGUACCGGGUUCAUGAUCGCUUGCUAUUUGAUCGAGCAUCUUGGGUUUGGCGUGCAAGAUGCCAUUGAUGAGUUCAACCGGUGCCGACCUCCAGGUAUCCGACAUGGACAUUUCAUUGACACUCUAUUUGUGAGGUAUUGCGUCGGGCUGAAGAGAGCGCCGACACUGUAA